UCAUGCUCAUUGUGAGCUAGUUUUGAGCUCCAAGACCACAAAAUGGAGUCAUCAGAUACAGGUGCUUUCGAAUCGUCUCCUCCUUCAUCUCUAGUUCCUCCGUCUUGGUCGUCUCCGACUCCUGCUCUUCCGCUUCCGGUGGUUGUGGCCAGCCCCUGCGCGGCGUGUAAGACAUUAAGGAGGAGAUGCUCAGAGAGCUGUGUCUUGGCCCCGUACUUCCCUCCCUCAGAGCCCGCCAAGUUUGCCAUCGCCCACCGCGUGUUCGGCGCUAGCAACAUCGUCAAGUUCCUGCUGACACUUCCCGAAUCGCAAAGAGAUGAUGCAGUGACCAGCAUGAUUUACGAAGCCAGUACAAGGAUUCGAGACCCUGUCUACGGUUGUGCCGGGGCAAUAAGUCAACUCCAAAUGCAAAUCAGCCACCUCCACGCACAGCUAGCCAAGUCACAAGCUGAACUCAUAAGCAUGCAAAUCCAACGGGCUAAUCUCACGGAACAAUUGCAGAUGACCAAGUCUCAGGAGUCAUUGCCGCAGCUGUCCGUUAAGGGCCUCCUUAAUAAUCCAUACGACUACCAAAUAAACUCAUGCUUGGAUGAUUAUAAUGGCUUUGGCUCAUUUUGGGAUCCUCUCUGGACAUGACUGAUGGGUAGGGGUGUCAAUGGGUUAGGUCGGGUCGGGUUUUGUUGUUACCCGAUCCGAAUUGACCCGAAACACAUUAGACCCGCAUUGGAAAUUCAGAUCAGGUCGGGUUGCUAGGUUUCCUCUCUUUUUUUCUUUUCACCUUUCUUUUCUCUGGGGUUCAGUUUGUAAUGGAAACUAUCUACUUUUGUUUUUCUUUGCUACCACCCACAUGC